CCAAUGGGUAUCAUCUUGCGUCCCUGCUCCUCACUCUCAGACCCGCCCUCCCUCCACCAAGUACCUUGAUCUCAAUAUUACUGCAAUGUCUGGCGUCUGCUCGCUCGUCGCAACCUUCGUCGUCCCCGGCGUAGGUGGUCUCAUCGUCAACGUUCUAAGCAGCAUCAUCGAGCUGUGUCAGGAGCUCGAGGAGAACGAAGAGAUGUGCACUGCUGUCUACAAGCGUCUGCAGGUCGUCAGCGAGGAGCUCAGCAAGAUCUCAGACGAGGAAGCCAUGCGCCAGAACCGCGUGCUCUUCAUGUACGGCAACACGAUCGCGAACUUCCUCAAAUUUCUGCAAAAACAAGCGAAAAAAAGUUUCAUCAGGCGCCUCGCCGGUAACCGCAAGGUGGUGGCUGCGAUCCAAGAUUUCAACGAAGAUAUCGACGAAUUGUAUAAACUUUUAACUGUCGUGCACAUCCAAGAAAUGGCCAAAUGGAAGCGAGAAUGGGACGAAGAUCGACGCAAACAGGAGCAAAAGCUGCUCAGCAUGGCCACCAACCACCAGAGAAUCCUCGCGGAUAUCAGGAACCAAGACAACAAUCUGGUCGAGAGUCUGGCAAUGUUGAAAUACGAAAUGACACAUAAGAAAGCACAGAACUCCAUGGCCGCAUUGGCUAUGAUGAAGAGGACAUUUAACAAGAUCACCAGGACGUCAGGGGCUAAAGUCCCUGCUGUGCCUGAGUGGUUCAUCUCAAGUGACGACGUGGACUUCGACGUCAACGACCAAUUUGACUGUGGGUCUUAUGGGUCGGUGACUCGAGGGACAUGGGGAAAAGGGGCCAAAGUAGUGAUUAAGUCGCUACUGAUGGACGACGAUCAGGCCAAACAGUCGUUCUUUAAAGAGGUGGAAGUCUGGAGGAAACUCAACAACCCACACGUAGUCGAGCUAUUCGGCGCGUGUCAUGUGAGUACACCUGCAUUCUUUGUGUGUGAAGACGCCAUCCAUGGCAACUUCGCGGACCAUUUCAUGGAAGAUAAGGCCAAUAUUUGGAAACUGUUCCACCAAGCAGCAGUGGGUUUGGACUAUAUCCACUCACAGAAGGUGGUGCACGGCGAUUUAAAGUGCAACAACAUUGUGAUCGGCGCUGAUGACAACGCCAAGAUCUGCGACUUUGGGUUUAGCUACAUCCGCAGUCAAUCUGUGGGUUUGAGCAAGAAGGCGCAGACGGAUACUGUGCGUUGGAAAGCUCCCGAGUGUCUGAUGCCUAUGGGCGAAGAGGUAGACGUGACGAAUAAUCCGCGGUUUGCAUCGGACGUUUACUCGUUCGGAAUGUGUAUCAUUGAGGCUUUCUCGGAUGCACCUCCGUUCGCUCUGGACGACGACGAUACUAUUCUGGAGAAAUUAUUCUCUGGAGAGGAGUAUCCUCGUCCUGAAGGAAUUGCUGACGACGAAUGGGAGCUCGUGAAGCGACUUACUGAUCCGGACUGGGAACAACGCAUUAGUCUCUCGACUGCUAUUGCGGAGCUGAAGAUGUUUGCUGAUAGGGAGAACGAGCGGAACAAUGUCGACAAGACCGACCGCGUGUGUCCUGGUUGCAAUGCUAUGGUAGGAGUGGAGUUCGCUUUCUGUGGAACGUGCGGAUUCCGUGUUGGUGCCGAUACUGUUGCUACAGUCGCGUAAAACAGUGUAUUGCUAGGGUUUCAAUAGGUCGGACGCCUAAAGUGUGAGGCGUGAUUGUAAUAAAUCCUAAAAAAAAAUGUUCUUUCGUUAUGAGCUGGCGGUAUGCUCGUUGUA